UUCACUCUUUCACACUCAAACAAUCUCAAGAUGACUUCUUCAGAACAUGCGUCAGCCCUAGUAAAAUGGGCAAAUUCUCACGGCGCAACGAUCAAUCCUUCAGUUGAAGUCACUCACUUGCCCGAGACAGGCUUAUCAUUCCGCGCAAAAGCCACUACAGCGCCCUUUGACACAAUCGUCAGCAUCCCCUCGUCUCUUACGCUUUCAUAUCUCAACACUCUUCCUGGUCGUGAUGACCCUAAACCUUUCCCCGCGGGGUUCUUGGCGCAAACACCACCGCAUGUCAUUGGCCGUUUUGUUCUCAUCAAGCACUUCCUUUUGAAGGGAGAGUCUUUCUGGGGGCCGUAUAUACAGGCUUUACCGCAGCCUGAUGACCAUGAUUCAUGGUCUCUUCCGCCAUUUUGGCCAGAUGAGGAUGCAGAGUUAUUUGAGGGAACCAAUAUCGAGGUUGGCGUUACGAGCAUAAGAGCCAAUGUAAAGAGAGAGUUCAAGACGGCGCAUGAUCUUUUGACUGCUGAAGCAUGGGAGCCUGAGCUUCUCAAACAGUUCACUUUGCCUUUGUACCAAUGGGCAUACAGUAUCUUCUCAAGCAGAAGCUUUCGGCCCAGUCUUGUUCUCGGGCCAGAGGAUCAGCAGCGUCUUCCUGAAGGUGUUAAGCUAGACGACUUUUCUGUUCUCAUGCCGCUGUUUGAUGUAGGAAACCACGAUAUGACUACCAAGGUGGAAUGGGAACGCAAUGAGAGGACCAAUGGCUGCAGUCUCAAGGUUGAAAAGGCGUAUCAGGCUGGGGAGCAGGUCUUCAACAACUACAGUAUGAAGACAAACGCUGAGCUACUACUUGGUUACGGUUUCAUGUUACCGGAGACGGAAGAGCUACAUAAUGACUACGUUCAUGUGCGGAAACGACAGCCUGCUCAGGGUGAGGCUACAGAGGAGUAUUACAUCUCUCUACAACCCAUCCGUCACGCAAGCUCCCUCCUCGCACGCUCAAAACAAACCGUCCAGCUCAACCACGGUACCCCUAUUCUGGGAGCCUUUCAACAUGUUCAGCACGAUAUGGUCUGGGACAUCUUCUGCACGCUCGCACCGCCCCAACAACGCUCGACACUUAUCAGCGAGGGCUCCGAGCAAGAGCAGCAGGAGAAGUUCUUCAGUGGUCAAGUCAGUGAAGACGGACGAAUAUUCCUUCAGCAAACGGCGGCCAUCAUCCAGCACAAGGUCAUGCAGGAGCUGGAGAGGUUGCUUGAGACGGACGUGGAGGUUGUGGGCGGAGGUGAUUUGACAAGGAAUCAGCAGUUGGCGUUGGAUUAUAGAGCGAGGUGUAGAAGAGUACUGGAGAAUACGCUUGAGGCUAUGAAUAUGGAGGAGUUGUUUGGGGAGGAUGAGGAAGGACAAGGAGAAGAAUAGAUCUAGAGCUGGAUGUUGCGAUACAGGGCUGAGGCUAAAGAGUCAAGACUUGAUAGAGGCUCUAAGAUAUAGAUCAGGAUGGGUAUGUGGUUACGAAAGGAAUAGACAAAUAAAAAAC